CGAUCGAUUGCUCCAGCGUUGGAGGAUGCGCUCCGCCACCUUCUUCCUCGACGGCGCCUUCCGCCGCAUCCCCGCCUUCUCCAAGCUCGUCCUCAUCUUCGCCGCCAGCGGUGGAGGUCUUGUGGCAUAUGCUGAUGCAAGAACAGAUCCUGCUUUAGAACCAUCUCAAGCAGCUCCCAAGAAGAAGGUGGUUGUGCUUGGUACUGGUUGGGCUGGCACAACCUUCGUGAGGAAUGUCGAUAGCUCCUUGUAUGAUGUGCAAGUGAUAUCACCUCGGAACUAUUUUGCAUUCACCCCUUUGCUGCCGAGCGUCACAUGUGGGACGGUCGAACCACGCAGCAUUGUUGAACCAAUACGCAAGAUCAUAAGAAAGAAAGGUGGAGAAAUCAAGUUCUGGGAAGCUGAGUGCUUCAAGAUCGAUCCAGACAACAAAAAGGUCCACUGCCGGACUAAUAUAGGAACAAAUUUGGAGGGGAACGGCGAAUUCCUUGUUGAUUAUGACUACUUAGUGAUAGCAGUUGGAGCAAGGGUAAAUACCUUCAACACCUCUGGUGUGGUUCAGCAUUGUCAUUUCUUGAAGGAAGUAGAGGAUGCUCAGAAGAUACGCAAAAGUGUCAUAGACAGUUUUGAAAGAGCCAUUCUUCCAGAUCUUGAUGAAGAAGAGAGGAAGAGAACUCUCCAUUUUGUUAUUGUUGGUGGUGGUCCAACUGGUGUUGAAUUCGCAGCAGAGCUGCAUGACUUCAUCUCUGAAGAUUUGGCUAAGUUGUACCCAACUGUUUGCAACCUAGUGAAGAUAUCAGUUAUUGAACAUGGAGGGCACAUCUUGACCAUGUUUGAUAAAAGGAUCGGCAAAUUUGCAGAAGAGAAGUUUCGAAGGGAUGGUAUUGAACUGAGAACGGGAUAUAGGGUUGUGAAGGUAUCUGAUAAUAUAAUAACUAUGGAGGACAAAUUGCAUGUUGAGAGUUCUGUAUCAUACGGAAUGGCUGUUUGGUCAGCUGGUGUUGGAGCCCGUCCCAUCAUAUUGGAUUUCAUGAAACAAAUUGGUCAGGGUAAUAGGCGUGCAUUAGCUACUGAUGAAUGGCUGAGAGUCCGUGAAUGUGAUGGUGUAUAUGCUAUCGGUGACUGUGCCACAAUGAGUCAAAGAAAAGUCAUGGAAGAUAUCUUGGAAAUCUUCAAAUUUGCAGACAAAGACAACUCAGGAACUUUAACUGUGAAAGAAAUCAAUGAUGCUUUGGAAGAUAUCUGCAUACGGUAUCCUCAAGUUGAACUCUAUCUAAAGAGCAACCAAAUGAGCAACAUUGUUGAUCUGAUAAAAGCUUCAAAAGGUGAUGUUGGGAAGGAAUCUGUAGAACUCGACAUAGAAGAGUUCAAAAAUGCUCUUGCUGAUGUCGAUUCCGAGGUCAAAAAUCUCCCUGCAACAGCUCAGGUUGCUGCACAACAAGGAAACUAUCUUGCCAGUUGUUUCAAUAGAAUGAAGCGUUGCGAAAAGAAACCUGAAGGUCCACUACGGAUAAGAGAACUAGGUCGGCAUCGCUUUCGUCCCUUUAGGUAUAAGCAUCUCGGUCAAUUUGCCCCCUUGGGUGGAGAGCAAACAGCUGCACAACUCCCAGGAGAUUGGAUCUCUAUAGGACAUAGCAGCCAAUGGCUUUGGUACUCAGUAUAUGCGAGCAAGCAAGUCAGUUGGCGCACGAGGGCAUUGGUGAUAUCGGACUGGACAAGGCGAUUCAUACAUGGGAGGGAUUCAAGCUGCAUAUAAUUCAUCUACAAAAAUGCAAAUUUUGCUGGAGUUUCAGUAACUGAAGCUGCAUCGUACCGUGAUCUAUCUUAUCUUCGCGUCGAUCUCAGCCUUUUUGUUAGUUAGUAAUAAGAUAAAACUCUUUUUGCAUCGAUUCCAUUAAUGUUGUGUUCUGGAGAGAUGCUGAGUAUGGUGAAGUUUUGCCAUCUCCUCUCCCGUGCAUCAUUUUCGGAUUUU